AUGCUGCUUCUGCCACUCCUGUUGUUUUUUCCUUCUUUGUUAGGAUUGUUGUUUGCCACACAAAACAGCGCUCUCUAUCGAUAUCCAACAAGCGAUCUUUUUUUCGGUUACAUAAAGCGCGAUGUCUUCCAUUACUUAUGGGCAGAGAAACUUUCAUCAUCCACGGUGAAAGAUCAGUUGGACUGCGGUUUUCUUUGUCUUCGAGAGCCAAAGUGUCAUUCGUUCAACAUGGCAGCGUAUCCCGACUCCAAAGGAGUUUAUCUGUGUGAGUUAUUGGCCACAGACAAGUACAGAGAAACUGAAAAGUUCCAUGCAAAUGUUUCCUUCCAUCACUACAGUCCGUUGGUAAGAUCUCUCCAUAUGUCUGGUGAUAAAACACUCUUUGUAGUUUUUUAAUACAAACUGAAUGAUUCAAGAAAUGUUUACUUUAUUUCUAGCCUCCAUGUGAAAGCGCUCCUUGUAAGAACGGUGGUGUCUGUGUUCCUGAAUAUAAAUGGAGCUCCUUUCAUUGUGACUGUAGACCAGGAUUCUGCGGAACUCACUGCGAAAGGGGAGGUAUUGAAUCUGUCCUACUUUCUGUUGCAUGAAGAAAAAUUGAAAAAAAAAAACUCAUACUGUUAUUUUCAAUCAUCUGUUAUAAAUUGAUGGUUUACCUAUGUUCAACCUUGUGCUAUAAAAUUAAAUGCAUUCGAAUCAGUCUUUUGUCUUGCCUUCCCGAUAAACAUACCUUAAUUGGUUUUUCCUUUAAAGUGCCUAUGACAAGAAUUUUUUUUUGCAUAAGUAUUUAGCUUAUCAUAUGUUCAAACCAAUUCCGAUAAAAAACAAAAUUUCAAAUAACUUAAAACUCGGUUUUUCGGGCCUUAAAGUGCUCUUAUUUUGUGUUAAAAGUGUACCGUGGACUGGUAACGAAUUAGCGGGUUAUGACGUAGAAAACUGUGAAAGCUCUCAGUGGUAACUUGCAAAUCUCUCAGUUUUCUUGUAAUUUUGUAUCAGUCGACGUUGAAAAACUGUCCAAUAGCGAUGUAUACCUACCUUCACCAAGCUCUACCAAGAGUUGAUACAUCGUACCCAAUUAGUAAAGAAGGAGGUUGCGAGUAGGGUUCAGCCCUACGAAAGAGAACCAUGUGCAUCAAACGAAGAUUUAGACGAAGAUUGACAAAAUGGUUUCUCGCCUGCGGUGUUUAGGUCAAGACGGGAACAAAAAAAAACUCCCGAUACUAAAUGUUUAGUUGUUGCGUUUGGCGCUUUGUUUUCUACGGCGAAAUCCAUUUUAAAAAUGGGUAGCUGUGUCCGUUUCGGUCGUCUUAAAAUUUUAUUCCUUUGCACUAAGUGGGGCGAAGGUUCUCCUUGCUCAGUGCUCUAGUGUUUCGUUGCUGUAGAGUAAUUCCCUUAGCAAACCAAAAGCUAACUUUUGACGAAAGAAUCAGCUGUACCAUGGGGCACGAUGACUUUUCGCCGAGAAGUCAUCGGGCAGUUUCACUGCAAGUUGCUUCUUUCCUUAGAGAUUGCUGAGGCAGAGGCUAUCGUCAAAGGGAAAAUAGUGAGUUUAUAUAGAUUUAAGUCAAUCUCAAAUAGGGAUUUCAAUAGAGGAAAACUCAUUUAGUUUAAGCCCAGCAUUGCCAUGUGAUCCAUUUCGCUCAAUGGCAAAUAACUGACAUCAGUGUUGUAAGUUAAUAUUUCGUAUGUAUCGACUUUCGUACAGCAUUUGGAUUCGCUACCAUCUAAUUCAAUAAUAUUUGUGUUUAUUUAUUUAUCUCGUAGGAAACCUAGGUUAGGAGGAUACACAGCCCUUUCGAGUUUGUGUUUAUACCAGUAUCCGCACCAGAGGUUUCUCAUUGCUAAGGCAACAGGAUAUCGGUCAGCUCAGGAAAGGGCUUGAACUUGAUUACAAAUGAUGUAUUUCUGUUAAUAGAACACGAUGAAAACUGCAAUUAGUAGGAUUUUCAUACGAUUAGAAAAGCGUUAAUGUACUCAUGUGGAAAGACAAGGAGUAUGAGUACAUCUCAAACAGGUGAAAUAAAGAAAACAAUAAGGAGCUUACCAUUCUUUGCUUGCAGCCGAAAAGAAUGUUGAACAAUCGUGUGCGGUGUCGGAACAGGCAUUCUUUUUAGCUAAAUUCAUUGAUUAUCUUCCCCUGAUUUAACAAGUGGUAUGUGUUCGUAACAGCCGUUUUCGAAGUCGAUACGGGGCAUAUGGCCGACGACAUUGAAGAGUAAAAUCUCCUCGAUGUCGACGAUCGAAACGCAUCCAUUUUGGUCAUACAGCUACAUCCUUUGGAAAUUAGUGUAUAGAAAUACCCGGUAUAUGUGUAUUAUUCUUGUAGCUAACAUCUUUUAACGCUUCGGCCAUGCAAUGCGUUCGUCCUUUCUUCCAGAUUUCUCCUUUCUUUAACAUAGUUGCCGUCGUGUCUUCACAGUUUUCUAGGUCACAGCUAUGUAAUGUGAUCGUUUUGGCGGCGCGCUUAACGAGAACACUUUUUGGCCGACAAAUCGUAAUUUCAAAGCGCAGAAAAAUGGUCAAGGAGAACUUGCUAGGCGCAAAGGUCGAUUAUUUCUACUUUUAAACACAGCUAUCAGAAAAUGCAAAAAAUGUAAUUUCGUGUACAUGUCAUAGGCACUUUAUAUUAAGAUAAAAGAAAUCUUUUACUUCUAAAUUUCUAAUAUUCUUUGUUGCUUUGUUAUUUGUUUUUUAGGAAAUCGAACUUGCAGUGACACCAAGUACUGCAUUCCUGAGGCUAAAAGUGGCUCUUAUGUCAUCGACCCUGAUGGAGAGGGUGGAGAAAACUUUUAAAGUCUUCUGUGACAUGGCUGACAAGGACGGUGUUGGAGUGACAGUUGUCAGUCACGACAGUGAAAACAGAACGCUGGUGGAUGGAUUUCAGGAUCCCGGCAGUUAUUCGUGCAAUGUCACGUACCAGGGAACCAGUCUCCUUCAGCUGGCAAGUCUAACAGCUUCAUCUGCUCACUGUGAGCAGUUUAUAAUGUACGAGUGCUAUCACUCAAGGCUCUUUCGCGAUGGUUACGGCUGGUGGGUAUCACGUGAUGGAGAAGAGAUGAAGUACUGGGGAGAGUGGAUUCUAUCGAUGACAAAUGCGCAUGCGGCAUGAACCAUACAUGUGCAAACCCUCAGUACGGAUGUAACUGCGACAAACUUGACCAACAAUGGCGAGAGGACAGUGGUUUACUUACUAACAAGUCUAGGCUUCCGGUGAAGCAACUGAGGUUUGGAGAUACCGGCCUUACAAGUAGUGAUCAGGGGAUACCACACACUUGGAAAGUUCAAGUGUUUUGGACUUAUAUAGAUCGUAACUGUAUACCUGCUAUUUGUAGACUCGCCUGUUAUAGCGCUGUAAAGUAACAUGCUAUCUGUUAUGAUAGUUCGCUGCCUUAUGCAAAGGGAUUCCAGAAUGUAUAAACAUCAGUAGGAAGGUUAAAAUGUUUGGCGCAUGUGUUUUAGCAUAUUAAGCAUAAUUUUAGGCGCCAAAGAAUACAAUAUUCGUUCUUGUUUAUUUUGGCGAUGUACUGGAUCGAUGAUGUUUUUUAUUUGUUUCAAAAAAAACAUUCCAUUCUGAAAACUCAACACCAAAUUUUUAAAGCAGCUCAUGAUUUAAUUUGAAAAACUUCACCUGGCUGCGAGGACCUAUGGCAAGGAAGAAAAAUCCUUGUCAGAAAAAAAAAGCUAAUUAGUUAUCAUAUAAAAGGACCUCUUAUUGCAGCGUUUAGAUCAUCCCCGUUGAAGGCACUAUAUAGGCAGGAGUGUCGAAACGUUGGGUCUAUGAAUUGUAACUUCUUCGGUUACAUUCAUUCAAUCUGUAAACCAGAUUAGCAUCAAACCAUUUCUGAUUGUCCACCUGGUUGCCGUGUGAACUUUAAUAUUUUUUACAUUGUGGAAGGUCACAUACUUGCCUACUUUUGAUCACGUGAUUUCUUAUACAUAUCGAAAAGCUCAUUCAUCUGAACUUAACAUCGUAAGCCUGAGUCGUCUCAGGGUAAACGCGAGCUAUUUCUCAAAAAUAGCCAGCUUUUCUCUUCUCUUCUUGUUCUCGGCAUGAUGUUACCCAAAUACAGAGUAGUAAGUGAACUUUUUUAAUGAAUAUUUUCUAGUGAAUUUUAAACAAACCUUUACCGUUUCUGGUUAACUAUUGUCUGC